AUGUUCGCGGUGGCGCUAUUCUGCAUCGCGUGCGCGGCCUACUGGGCGUGGCGCCGGAAGAACACCAAGAUUACGGAGCCGCCGUACUUUCCUGGAGGAUGGCCCAUCCUCGGACACGCGCCCGCACUUAUUGGGGACAGUUGCAGUAAGUACUCUACCCGGAUCAGGAUCAUUUGUAAUACACAUAGGGUAAUUUGUAGUUUAGACUACCAUAAAAAUGUUUCGGUUGCAGAACUAUGGAAUGGCAUCAAUGAUCUCGCGAACCAGAGCUAUGACAUCGGUGGUGUUGUUGCCGCCAGCAUUGGACCACGGACUGUUUACAUUGUGACCGAUCCAGAUGACAGCUUCACAAUAUCCAACACGUGCCUCGAGAAGGACGGAUUUUACGACUUCGCAAAACCGUGGCUAGGUGAAGGCUUAGUCACUGGAAAAUUUUCGAUAUGGAAGAGCCACCGAAAGCUGCUGAAUCCCGCAUUUAGUCAAAUUUUACUGGACACCUUCAUGGGCGUGUUCAACAGUCAGUCCCGGAAACUGGUGCGAGACCUGGAGAAAGAGGCCGGGAAGGGUUUCUUCGACCACUGGACUUACACGCGACAUAACGCAUUGGAGACAAUAUGCUUGACAGCGCUAGGGGUAGACUUCACCGAUUCGAACCUGAACACACAGUACGUGGAGGCCACGGAGAAGAUCUUCACGACGAUAGUGGAGCGUUUCAUGAAAUUCUGGUGGCACAGCCCCUACACCUUCGCGUUGAGUGACGUCAAGAGGAGGCAGGAUGCCUGCCUCAAAAUCUUACAUAAUAUGUCUAACACGGUAAGAAUUACAGAUGUCAUUUCAGUUCUACUGAAGGGUUUCAGCAUCUAUUUUACCAUCAUGUUUCUAUACUUACAGGUCUUGCAAAAAAGAAAAUCAGAAUUUACGGGAAAUGUGUGCGCUGAAAGAAGUAUUAUUCCAGGAACCAGGUUCAAAGCUUUUUUAGACCUCAUCCUAGAGUUAUCAGCUGAGAAGGGUGCCUUCAAUGACCGGGAGGUGCGGGAACACGUGGACACUAUGAUCGUGGGCGGCCAUGACACUUCUGCUAAUGUACUCAUGUUCACAAUGGUACUUCUUGGAUCGCAUCCCGAGGCGCAGGAGAAGGCGUUCGCUGAAAUUCAGGAAGUUCUCGGCGACGGGGACAGGGAUGUGGAGAAGACAGAUUUAUCGAAGCUUGUCUACUUAGAGGCAGUGUUAAAGGAGAGCAUGAGAGUAUUUACUAUAGUACCAGUUCUAGCCAGAAAACUUGAUAGGGAUGUUAAACUUAAAAACUACACGCUCUCAGCGGGUAGGACGUGCUUCUUGUUCGUGUUCGGUAUUCACAAGCACCCGAUGUGGGGCCCGGACGUGCACGAGUUCAAACCGGAGCGGUGGCUGGAGCCGGGCCGGCUGCCGGACAACCCCAACGCCUUCGCUGCCUUCAGUGUUGGGAGACGAAUGUGUAUUGGGAAAGCCUAUGCGUUAAUGUCAAUGAAAACGACUCUCGCGCAUGUUAUACGUAACUACCGGAUCACUGCUGACCAUACGAACGUAAAGCUCAAGUUAGAUGUGAUGCUGAAACCGGACUCGGGAUACUACGUCAGCAUCGAAAAGAGGGCAAAAGCGACUGAUCAGGCGUAAAUAGAAGAAAUCUUUGCAGAUAUAUUGACUGUCUAGACCAAAAUGAUAAAGCAAAUAUAGAAAAGCUGUACGCCGGUCUGCAGUUUGCAAAAAGACACGAAAAAUUUUACUCGGAUUUCCGAUGUGUUAUUCUUACGUCCAGAAAGUGUAACGAAAUCCACAAGGAAGGCAAUAGUCUCUGAAACUCGACACCUUUAUUCUUUAACAAUAUCUACAUAUUUAUGAGUUUUAAUACCGUGUAGACGUGUAGUAUAGAACGUCCUCAGGCACGGUGGAGUGAUGAUCUGCGUUAGGUGGCUAGCAGAGAGCUGGAUGCGAGUAGCCGUAGAUAGAUCUCGGUGGCGUGCAAUCUCGGAGACCCAUGUCCAGCAGUGGACGAAUAUGGGCAGAUAGUGAUGAGUUAUUAUUGCAGCUAUCGUCUGGAGUGUAAAGGCUAUUAGUAUCGGAGACUUUAAUGAAUAACAAGCAAUGUAUGUACCUACAGUUUUUUGCCAUGUAGACUUAGAUUAAGAUAAAACCAUCAACCUUGUAGACAAUAAAGAAAACUUUGUCUAUACUACAGAUAGUAUUAA